AUGGUUAUCGCAGCUCGCAUCGGCUCGGUCAGCUGCGGCGAUCUCACGUACCGCUUGUUGGCGGUGGGCUGCGAAGCCCGGUGUCGUAACAUGUUCCCCCGUCAGGUGACUAAGGAUACGGUCGCCUCGCCGUACGACAACGCCACAUACGCAGACUUCGGUGACAUCAAACUGUUCUCCUGUCUGGAGGCGUGCCGCAUGGCGCUGACGGCGUACCCGAAGGACGAAGAGGAGAUACGUCGCAACGACGAGAUUUCCAAGAGCCGCGGCCCUUGA